CCUGGAUCGUCUUUUGCCGAAAGCAUGUUGUGCCCGGUGACACCGUGAGGCAUUCUGCUGGUUCCAUCUAACCCAUCUGAUAGUCCAACAUGAGCAGCGACACCGCCUGCAGGCCCUGCUAACUGCCGAGACCACGCCAUGAAUACCGUUCACCACGACGAGGCGAAGGCUUCAAGUCAGGCUUCAGGGUCGAGUCCGCCCACCGUCGGGCCACAAGAUUGUCCAACCUGUGUCAAAAGACGAAUCCGCUGCGAUAGAUCUCUCCCCAAAUGUCUCAAAUGCUCGAAGAAAGGACUAGUUUGUCCCGGCUACGGCCCUCGAUUGAGAUGGGCCAAUGGUAUAGCCGUUCGUGGACACCUCAAGGGGCGCACCACGCCACACAUUGACAAACCGCCGCCUAAACCCAGCAGCACUGCUUCCAAGGACUCGACCUCUCCCAAGUCGGUCAAAUCGCCCGAACAGAACAGCACUGUUCGACCCGCCCCGUUCGUGGACCCUCUAGAAACCCUGUUUCCUGGGUUUCCAGACCUGGCCACCAGGUUGCGGUUACUGGAGCAUUAUGACAAACAGAUUGCGGGCUUGAUGGUGUGGAUAGACUCCGAGAAGAACGAAUACCGCCGACUGGUCCUUCCCUUGGCCGACCAGCAGCCGGUGCUCCUCCUCGCCAUCUUGGCCAUCUCAGCUCAGCAUCUUGCUGUUACCACGGGCAAAGAAACGAGCUUUCCCGCUCGCGCCCGUGAUGCUGCCGUUACCAUGAUAUCAAAACAGAUUCAGCAGGUGACCGGUCAGUUGGCCGCAGGCUUUGACCUGAGCAGCCAAAUAGACGCAGAUACUGCUGUGUGGAUGCUGGCCUCAAUGCUUACCCUGGCUAACUACGAAAUGACAGAGACAGAGACGGGCGCCGCGGCGGCAGACUCACACCGUCAAGCUGCAAGGACGUUGGUGAAUGCCCUCGCAACAACAAACCGAGAGAAUAACGCCCUCUUUCACUUCCUCCGGAACCAGCUUUCCAUUUAUGACAUCUUGGCCUGCACCACGAUUUUCGGACCUUUGAGCACUGUAGAGGUGAUCCUUCCGGCACCCGAUCAUUCUAAUUUGAUCUUUUCCGAAUUCCUGUCUCUCUUGCACAGGGUGACAGUAUGGUCACGAGAACGACCCAAAAAGGCGUCACCUGGGAACUUCAACCUUGCCGACCUCCCAAUAACUUCUGCCGAUGCACGCGCCGGGUUCGAGCAGGCCCGAGGGUCUACUCUAAUGGCAGCCGGUGUCCUCGAGCUACCGCGAGACGCAAGGCGGAGGGAUUUUGUUCGGAUCGUCGACAUAUACCACCAUGCCGCGCUUCUUUACACUUACAGAGUCCUCUUCCGAUGCCAAGUCGAACCAGUGGAGGUCGACGCCUCCACCAUGGUCUUGUUUGAAAGGUUGAAUCAGCUUGAAGACAAACCAUCAUGCCUGCAAAACUUGCCGUGGCCAGUGUUUAUUGCAGGCACCGAAUGCUGCGAUGAUCCGGAACGCCAGGCAUUUGUAGCAAAAACGUAUGCCGACAUCGCCCAGGAUAUGGGGUUCAAGUACUACCUUGGAAUCCUUCACUUUCUGCAAGAUCUGUGGUCAAACAAGGACACCACCUGGACCGAGUUGGCGUGCCGUUAUGAAGCAGGCGGAAAGAAAAUCGUUGCUGUUUGAGGAAGAUGUUGUGAGUUUGAUGAUGACGCAGACGACUCGGCCUUGAUAGCCUCGAUUACCUCUCGCCGUGUUGUACAGGCCAUCCAACCAUUCAUCGUGGGUUUGACCUUUUACCCACUUCAUGAUUUCCGACUCUUGCAGGAUGGUGUGAGAAGACGACGGGUGAGGGUGCGCUGUUUGGAUGUCCGAGAGGUCGAGGGCACCUGAUGAGAGCAUCAGCUGCUCUGCAAGUUUGGCGACAUAUCCACAACAUGGACACGGAUAUGUGUGGUGCCCUGAUAUGCGACUUCUCUUAUUCCGCAAACUCGAGAACCAUACCUUAGGUUCCCGGCUCGCCGGACCAAAUCCGGAGUAAAGUCUCCAUGUGGCUUCUGCAUCUGCCGACACUGUCGCGAUCCUCCUCCGGGGUGCCAUCCUCAACGCCUUGAUUGGGAGCACAGUGAUUGGUCUCUGGGGCCUGUGAUAGCGUACCGACAUCCUGACAAUUCCCGGCAUUCGUCUACGAAAACAAGGAAUCACUACAAUCACCAGCGACGAUCACAUCCGUACCGAGCACGUUUCUGUGUUGGGCGAGAUAGACUACGGCUCAAACACCAGGACUCGUUCAGAGAUGCGAUUGAGCCGGAUGUCAGACUUAUGAUACCUUCCCCCGCAAGCAGAAAUUCACUGGAUUUGUCAGCCGUGAACCUGGUCUGCCAUGGGACUGCACCCUGAAGCUUCAGGACGGUCUUGGGGUAUCCCCCAAUUCACAAAUCUGAGGGGCGGCACCAAGAUAGUGAGUACCAAGCACCACAGAGUGCGCGAGUGCGACAGACGAGGAAGGUUUGGACCACCGUUUCUCAGCUUGCCUUGGUCCAUAGCUACCUCGCGUCGUGUGCGGAUUGUCGUCUGCUUAGGCUGAUAUUGCCCUGUAAGCUUGUGGGAUGAUCCAUCGCACCGCUAACCGGGUGCCGGUUUUACCUUUUUCAAAAGUACUUUCGGAGUCCGUACCUUGUUAAGCUGUCCAAGGCGCAUCCCUUCAGAUGUCUGGACACUCCUCUCCCUCCGAUACCGAAGGAUCAGGCAAGGCUGCCAGGUUGCACAGAGGCAGGAAUCAUUUUAAGACUAUCGAGGUCUCAUUUUUCCGGGCGAUAUCGAUUCGUGUGGCUCCUAUCAACGCCUAUUUCCAUAACAUAAUUUAUAUAUCCAUCCUGA